AUGAGCAUGGCUGAGUCGGCCAAUGAGAGCAGCGGCAGCAGCCUGAAAAGGAAGAAGCCACCGUGGCUCACGCUGGACAUCCCCACCAAUCAGCUCCCUGCAGACGAGCAAAGCAAUUUCUUACAGCCCAACGUACGGCAGAUGUACCUGCGCAGUGCCAGCGUGCCGACAGAGAACAUCCAACUCAGGUGCCCUCCUGUGGACCCCAACAAUGUCCGCCGGCCCUCGGUCCUGCGUCGGCCCUCCAUCACACAGACUAUCAAGAGGGGCACGGCAGACUGGUUUGGGGUCAGUAAAGAUGCCGACACCACUCAGAGGUGGCAGAGGAAGAGUCUGCGACACUGUAACCAACGCUAUGGCAAGCUGAAGCCUCAGGUGAUCCGGGAGAUGGACCUGCCCAGUCAGGACAACAUCUCCAUGACCAGCACGGAGACGCCCCCUCCCCUCUACGUGCCCCCCGCCCAGCACGGCAUGCAGAAAAUCGUGGAUCCCCUCGCUCGGGGUCGAGCUUUCCGCAUGGCGGAGGAGAUGGCGGAGAGCACCCCCAUGCCCCAAACUCCCAUCACCCCCGGUGCCGUCUCCCUCUGCUCCCUGACCAGCUCUCGCUCUGGCUUUAGCCGGUUACCGCGGCGACGGAAGCGCGAGUCCGUGGCCAAAAUGAGCUUCAGAGCAGCAGCAGCGCUGGUCAAAGGCCGGUCGCUGCGAGAAGGUACAAUGCGUCGGACACACAGGCGCAGUUUCACUCCCGUCAGUUUCCUGGAGGAGGACACGAUGGAUUUUGCAGAUGAGCUGGACACCUCCUUCUUUGCCAGGGACGGCCUGAUCCAUGAGGAAUUCUCCACGUACACAGACGAGGUGUUUGAGUCGCCGUCUGAAGCCGCUAUCAAAGACACGGAGCCUGGCACUGAGUCCAACGAGAGAAACCUCACAGGCAGCGCCCUGGACAGGACUGAACUGGAGAGGAGCCACCUCAUGCUGCCGCUGGAGAGGGGCUGGCGUAAAGGAAAAGACGGCGCCCUCGUUCAGCCCAAAGUGCGCUUGCAGCAGGAGGUGGUCAGCGUUAGCGGCCAACGGCGCGGGCAGAGGAUCGCCGUGCCCGUGAAGAAGCUCUUCGCCCGCGAGAAGCGUCCCUACGGCCUCGGCAUGGUGGGCAGACUCACCAACCGAACCUACCGCAAACGCAUCGACAGCUACGUGAAGAGACAGAUAGAGGACAUGGACGACCACAGGCCUUUCUUCACAUACUGGAUAACAUUUGUACACUUGCUAAUCACCAUCCUUGCCGUCAGUAUCUACGGCAUUGCCCCUGUGGGUUUCUCGCAACACGAGACAGUGGAUUCAGUUUUAAGAAAUAAAGGUGUCUACGAAAAUGUCAAAUUCGUACAACAAGAGAAUUUCUGGGUCGGACCAAGUUCGGAGGCGCUGAUCCACUUGGGGGCUAAGUUCUCCCCGUGCAUGCGACAGGACCAGGAGGUGUACGAUCUGAUCCAGCAGAAAAGGGAAACGGAGCGUCUCUCGGCCUGCUGCGUCCGCAACGACCGAUCUGGCUGCGUGCAGACGUCUCAGGAGGAGUGCUCGAGUACCUUAGCUCUGUGGGUAAAGUGGCCCCAACAUUCCAGUGCCCCUCUUGUAGAUGGGAAAGUGCGUCAGUACGGCUCAGUUUGUCACCAGGACCCCAGGACGUGUCUGGAGCCAGCAUCAGUUUCCCCUCACGAGUGGCCUCAUGACAUCACCAAGUGGCCCAUAUGCACCAGGUACAGCACUGGGAAUCACACCAACCUUCCACACAUAGACUGUGUGAUUACAGGCAGGCCCUGCUGCAUCGGAACCAAAGGAAGGUGUGAAAUCACAUCCAGAGAGUACUGUGACUUUAUGAAGGGUUACUUCCAUGAAGAAGCUACACUUUGCUCCCAGGUGCAUUGCAUGGACGAUGUGUGUGGGCUUCUGCCUUUUCUCAACCCUGAGAUCCCAGACCAGUUCUAUCGACUGUGGCUCUCUCUCUUCCUGCAUGCCGGGAUCCUGCACUGUCUGGUGUCUGUGUGCUUUCAGAUGACCAUCCUGAGGGACCUGGAGAAGCUGGCAGGCUGGCUGAGAAUCUCCAUCAUUUACAUCCUCAGUGGCAUCACAGGCAACCUGGCCAGUGCCAUCUUCCUGCCCUACAGAGCCGAGGUCGGACCGGCGGGCUCUCAGUUCGGCAUCCUGGCGUGUCUGUUCGUGGAGCUGUUCCAGAGCUGGCAGAUACUGGCGCGGCCGUGGAGGGCUUUCGUCAAGCUCCUGUGCGUCGUGCUCUUCCUCUUCGCCUUCGGCCUGCUGCCCUGGAUCGACAACUUCGCCCACAUCUGCGGCUUCAUCUCGGGCUUCUUCCUCUCCUUCGCCUUCCUGCCCUACAUCAGCUUCGGCCGGAUGGACAUGUACCGCAAGCGCUGCCAGAUCCUGGUGGCCCUCACCGUCUUCCUGGGCCUGUUUUCGGGGUUCGUGGUGCUCUUCUACGUCUACCCCAUCAAGUGCGAGUGGUGCGAGCUGCUCACCUGCAUCCCGCUCACCGACAAGUUCUGUGAGAAGUACGACCUGAACGCCCACCUCCACUGA